AGGAAGCCGCGGCCUCCGGUGAUAAAUAGGAAAGCCGGGAGCACAGGAUGUGUUUCGGGAGAGCUCGGCGGGACAACGGGAUGUGAGCGCCGGCCGCGACUCCGCUGGUCACUUGUCCAUUUGUCCAUUUGUCCGGCGGGAUGGCCGCGCUCCGGCCGCUCCUGCUGCUGCUGCUGCUGCUGCUGGCCUGGAGCUGCGGAGGGGAGGACGUGGAGGUGCUGUGCGCCGACAGCGCCUGCUACACCCUGCACCGCGCCGAGAGCACCUGGAAAAACGCGCAGGAGCGCUGCCGGGAUAACGGGGGCAACCUGGCCCCGGUGCGCAGCGCCAGCGAGGCCGCGCGCCUGCGGGAGCUGCUGGCCACGGCCCGCUGGGCUGGCCCGGCUUGGCUCGGGCUGGCCCUGCCGCGGGGUCACUGCGUGCAGCCGCAGGAGCCGCUGCGAGGCUUCUCCUGGGUGGCCGGGGGCGAGCAGGGCAACUUCUCGGAGUGGGCAUCCGAGCCGGCCGUGACCUGCGUGAGCGCCCGCUGCGCCAGCCUGCGGCUCCCCGGCGGCUGGAGCGACCGCGCCUGCCGCAGCCCGCUGCCCGCUUUCCUCUGCAAGUUCAGCUUCCAGGGAAUGUGCGGGCUGCUGCCGCUGGCCGGCCGCGGCUCCGUCACCUACAGCACCCCGUUCGGGGUGCGCAGCGCCCGCCUGGCCGCCGCCCCCUUCGGCACGCUGGCCGAGGUGCGCUGCGAGGCCGCCGGCAGCUCGGCGUUCGCCGUCUGCAAGGGGCCGCUGGCCGGGGGUGGCUUCGCCUGGCACCCGCCGGGCCCCCUGUGCCCGGUGGCCUGCGGCCACCUCAAUGGGGGCUGCCAGCAGCUCUGCCUGGACGGGCCGGGCGAGUCGCCGCGCUGCGCUUGCCACCCUGGCUACGUGCUGGCCGCCGACAUGGCCUCCUGCGUCCCCGAGGAUUCCUGCCAUCCCAACCCGUGCCAGGGCUCCUGCCGGCCGCUGCCCGGCGGCUUCGAGUGCGGCUGCGAGCCCGGCUACGCCCUGGCAGCCGACGGCCGCGGCUGCUCGGAUGUGGACGAGUGCGAGUCCGGGCCGUGCCAGCACGAGUGCCACAACGUUCCCGGUGGCUACGAGUGCCUGUGCCCGCCCGGCUACCGCCCCGCGGGGCCCGCCGGCCGCCAGUGCCACGACGUGGACGAGUGUGCCCAGCCCCACGCGUGCCCGCAGCUCUGCAUCAACAUUCCCGGCUCCUUCCGCUGCACCUGCCGGCCCGGCUUCCAGCGGCAGCCGGGAGGAGAUUCCUGCCUGGAUGUGGAUGAAUGCCUGCGGGAUCCGUGUCCCGGAGCCUGCCGCAACUUCCCCGGCGGCUACGAGUGCCUGUGCCCGCCCGGCUUCAUCCGGGACGGGGAUGGGCACGGCUGCAGCCCCGGAGAGGCGAUCCCAAACACUAUCAGCUCCAGCAGCAUCCCGGGCACCACGAGCAUCCCAUGGACCACGAGCAUCCCGCGGACUCCGGGAAUGCCCACCGAGGGAUUGGGGGGCGGCUCGGACGAGCACAGCGCCGACGGCCCGCGGCUGCUGCUCUAUUACAUCGUGGGCAGCCUGGUGGCCAUCCUGCUCCUGCUGGCGUUCGCCCUGGCGCUCGUGGCUUGCAGGAAAAGGGCGGCCAAGAGGGAGAAGCCGCCGGCCAAAAACGCGGCCGAUAAUUAUUGCUGGGUGCCCGAGCAGCCCGAGAGCCGCGGGGAGCGCAGGUAGGAGGGGGUUAAAAAAUCCCGGUGAAAGGGUGGGGAGGGAAUGCUUUGUGCCCCAAGUGAG